AACAGAUCUGCUUGCUAGAAGUUUUCAAACUGAUACAUCCUUCUUCAUGCAGGAAGAGGUGUUUGCAACCUUCUUCUAGUGAGUGACAAAUCAGUUUAGCGUUACUCUUGAUGUAAUAAUCCAAGGCACCACUUGCACGUUAUGGUCAUCAGCUGAACGUGUCCAGCCCAGCACUCACAAGACAGGGCCGCACGCAGCUUUUAUUCCAGAGUUACCUAAGACCAGCCAUUUCCAUGGCCCCUGCCUGACCCAGACUCUGAAGAGGACACUGCCUUUGCCAUCGGAACCCAGACCAACGCUACUGACUUGCUGCUCGCCAACAGCCAUUACAGCAGCUUCAGCAGAUCAGCACACAAUGGAGAACUAUACCACUGACCUAGGUGACAUGGAUGUAACAACAAUGAUUGAUUAUGGUGAUUCAGCACCAUGCCCAGGAACUGAGGAAAAGCACUUUGCAGCAAAUUUUCUGCCACCACUUUACUCAUUGGUGGUGAUAUUUGGCUUCAUAGGCAACAUUCUCGUUAUCCUUAUCCUGGUAAAAUACAAGAAGUUGAAGAGUAUGACUGACAUCUACCUGCUCAAUCUGGCCAUUUCAGAUUUGCUUUUUAUAUUUUCUCUUCCUUUUUGGGCUUAUUAUGCCGCUCACGACUGGAUUUUUGGAGAAGCGCUGUGCCGGAUUCUCUCAGGUGUUUACCUCCUUGGCUUCUACAGCGGCAUCUUUUUCAUAAUCCUGCUGACCAUAGACAGGUAUCUGGCCAUAGUUCACGCAGUGUUUGCUUUAAAAGCUAGGACAGUUUCCUACGGCAUCCUCACCAGCAUUGUCACGUGGGCUGUUGCUCUUUUUGCCUCUGUUCCUGGGAUAGUAUUUCACAAAACUCAACAGGAAAAUAGACGGUGUACAUGCAGUGCUCAUUAUCCGCCAGAGCAGAGAGAAGAAUGGAAGCAAUUCCUGGCCUUAAAGAUGAACAUCCUAGGACUUGUUAUUCCUAUGAUAAUUAUGAUCUGCAGCUACACACAAAUCAUAAAGACAUUGCUACAGUGUAGGAAUGAGAAGAAAAAUAAAGCAGUCAGGCUUAUUUUUAUCAUCAUGAUUGUAUACUUUUGUUUCUGGGCACCAUAUAACAUUUGUAUUCUCUUGCGUGAUUUUCAUGAUUCAUUUUCUAUCACUAGUUGUGAAACCAGUAGUCAACUGCACAAAGCAACCCAAGUGACUGAAACAAUUUCAAUGAUCCACUGCUGUAUCAAUCCUGUGAUUUAUGCCUUUGCUGGAGAAAAGUUUAGGAAAUAUCUUCGUAGCUUUUUCCGAAAGCAAAUUGCAUCCCAUUUCUCUAAAUAUUGUCCAGUUUUCUAUGCCGACACAGCUGAACAGGCCAGCUCCACCUACACACAGUCUACUGGAGAGCAAGAAGUUUCUGCUGCGUUGUAGGUUAUGCCUAGCAAAAAAAAGUGAAAUUGACUUUUUUGAAAUCAAGUCUAUGAUGAAAGCCUGUGGAAUCUCUUCUGGACAUUGUCUCUAAUGCAUCUGCGCAAGGUCAUGGCACACAUAACUAACAAAGCUUUUAUUUGCUCAUAACAGUGCGGAACUGUACAUAAGUGAAAUGGAGGUAUCAAAUUAGCUAUGCAGAUAUGGUAACAGAAUUCUGUGGCAAGCAAAAAGGAAAAAAAAGCUUUUUUUUUUUUGGUGAAAGUAGAAGCAUAGUUAUGUGCUACAGAGACUAGAAACAUAUCUAAACUGAGAGUCUAACCUAGCAGACUUAUAAACUGAUCUUCUGAAGUGACCUUGUGAUUAGGAAAUGAUAUUGCUUCUUUGGAAACAUCUCUUCACCGUAUUUUACACAAGAUAUUUCAUUCAUUUAAACUCAGUCUCGGUCCCAUCCUUUAUUACUUUGGUUGUAUAACUCUGUAAAUAAUGCUAAAUUUCUGAGGUUUGUGAUGAAAAAUCUUUACAGUUGUUAUGGGAAAACUAUGCAUUUUGAAAAGACACCAGUAUUCCAAGGCAUAUUUUCCUUUGUGUAUGGUUGACUACUGGCCUUUCAGAUCUUCUUCUAAUAAUUUAACAACAGUCUGAGCUACUAAGUGUUGCCAUCUAAGUUACUUAGGAGUUUGAUAUUUCAGAAUGCUCUUUUGAUAAACUGCAGUUUUAUAUACUACUUGUAUUAACAACAAAUACAAUGGUCUAUCGCUGAUCAGUAAAUCAAUGUGUUUACAAUAUUUUAAAACUAAAGUACUAUAUACAAAGCUUUAACCAUGUUAGAUCAAGUGCAGAUAAUGAGUCAAUAGGGCUUCUUCAGCUUCUUAGUGCAGUGAUUUUGUUUGCCAUUUUUCUAGCCCACAUAAAAUAACAACUUUAAAAUGUAAAAGUAAUGCAACUGUAAUGGCUGCAAAAACACCACAGCAUUAAAGGUGUGAAAAUG